UGAUACGUAUAUCCGGGACAACAUAACCUCCAAGUGGCGACAGAUAACUCGCUAUCUACGGAUGGACUGUCAAUUCCGGUGUGCAGAGGGGCGUGUUUUGCGACCGCAGAAAGAGGCCGGGGAAAUUCGUGUAGACUGACCAGAGUCCGCGAAUUUCCGUGAGUGAGCGCCGCCGUAGAAUAAUCGCCUCCGGACGCUGGAGUUUUUCGUUAAUAAAGUUUAAUCGGCGACCGCGCCCGUCGAGCGUUCGCACCGUGUCCGCUGAUUCAUCGCCACCGAUUUCACGAAACAUCCCGCCUCGCCAUCGCCACUCCGCCGUGUUCUCGAUCGCGAUUGUCCCGAGGCAUUUCUUGUCGCAAGUAGCGAGCGCGAAAUGACGGAGGUCCACAACUUCGGUGUCGAUGCUAUCAGUUGUCAUGCGUGGAACAGAGAUAGAACAGAGGUUGCUAUUUGUCCAAACAACAAUGAGAUCCAAGUACACAAGCGUACUUCAUCUGGAUGGAAGUUAUUGGAGACUCUGCAGGAGCAUCACAUGGCUGUGAUGGGAAUCGACUGGGCGCCAAAGACCAAUCGCAUAGUCACCUGUUCUGCAGACAAGAAUGCUUAUGUGUGGACUCAGAAAGAAGAUGGCAAGUGGGAUCCUGCGUGGGUUCUUCUUCGAAUAAAUCGGGCCGCCACUUGCGUAAAAUGGUCUCCUCUAGAGAACAAAUUUGCUGUGGGCUCUGGAGGUCGAGUUAUAGCUGUUUGUUAUUUUGUAUUAGAGAAUAACUGGUGGUUAUGUAAACAUAUAAAGCGUCCCUUAAGGUCGACAGUGACCACUGUUGAUUGGCAUCCAGAUAACAAGGUUCUGGUUGCUGGAUCUACAGAUUACAAGGUCCGGGUCUUCAGUGGAUUUAUCAGUGAUAUGGAGGAUGCUCCUGGUACUAGCCCUUGGGGUCAGAGUAAUACCUUAGGGACGUUACUGGCUGAGUUUCCUAAUACACCCAAUGGAGGUGGCUGGAUACAUUCAGUAGCGUUCAGUCCUUGUGGCAAUAAAAUCUGUUGGGUGGCGCACAAUUCGUCUAUAUGUGUCGCUGAUGCUACUAAAGGAAACGCAGUCAUGAGAUUGUAUACAGAGCAUUUACCGUUUCGAAGUUGCAUUUGGAUAGGAUCUAAUAACAUUGUUGUCUCGGGUCAUAGCUGUAUGCCGAUGUUAUAUUCCAUGGACGACAACGGGCAAAUAUACUUUGUGUCGAAAUUGGAUAAUACGCAGAAAAAGGAGACCGCCGGUUUAUCCGCCAUGCGAAAGUUCCAAUCUUUGGAUCGACAAGCAAGGAACGAGACUAACGAUAACGCGCUAGAUAGUGUCCACCAAAACACGAUCAACUGUGUUCGCCGAGUAUCCGAUCAUGAAUUUAGCACAAGCAGUUUAGACGGACAACUUGUAGUUUGGGACUUAAAGCUUCUAGAGAAUUCCAUUGCUGGUCUCAAGAUAACGUAAGCACGAAACCUUUUUUUAUAUUGCGGAAAUCGGAGAUAUUACAUCCAAUACAACGAUGUAUAAAUGUUAAAAUAAAUACUAUACAAUUUCUCAUUAUAUAA